AUGUCGUUCAUGUCACUGAUACCAGACAUACUACCCAUGAUAUUGCCUUCGCAAGUUCUAAUCACGAAAGCGAGAGACCUGGAAGCUCAGCGAGCUGGCAAUGACUCGCCUAUGAUUAGACAGGGAGCCAUCAUCGGCAAGACUGAUAAGAUGUGCGCCAGCGUCAUGAUAGCCAAACCGCGAUGUUCCUCUGCAGUGCAUCACCACGGCGAGCAAGAUACCAUCAUAUAUGCCGCGUCUGGCAAAGGCAUCCUUGUCACGAGUGCAGGAGCAAACUCAACCCCCAAGAAACAUGAAUUAUCCCCGGGUGAUUUUGCUUUCGUGCCGCCCUGGACAGAACACCAGGAAAUUAACGAGACGGAUGCGGAUGUGGUCUGGAUCCUGAUCCGUAGCGGGCCGGAGCCCGUCGUCGUCUACUUGACGGAUUGGGGAGGCGAUCAGGCGAAAGCUGAUUGA